CGCUAUUCUCCAGCCCCCGCAGGUCAAGCAGUACUGAUCACUUUUUACAUCGAGUAUCACUGAGAUAUGAUUAAUUUUGUGUCUAAGAGGAUAGAUACGGCCCAUUGAGAAAUUAAAGCCUCCGGUCUCUGCUACAACAUCCACACAAGACAAGCUCUCAGCAACACACUAUGCGAACUGUACUCACAUCAACACCCCAGGCUCCAGAGCCCUCGGCCCUCACCACCCUUUUAACCACCACCUCCGCCUCCUCGAACCCUCACUCUGCAACUGCAAUUCAAGUCCUCCACAACCUUCAACAUCAGCAUCUUUGGACCUCUCUCCAAAUCCAUGACUUGCAAGGACCCAAUUUCUCCGUCUCGUCGUCGUCGAUGUCGACAUCUACAGACCAGCUUUCCAGCUCGCCCUCCUUUCUGAUAUCCGGCAUCCCGCCUCACAGAAUCUAUACGCAUCCAGACGAGCAACUGUUCAUGCUUGAGAGGGGUCUUCGCGAAGACGACAUCGAGCUGGAACGGAUGUUCGUCGUUCCCACCGCUCACGGACAGUCAUGGAGUCUACGCAAAAUGGCUGCCGUGUUCGAUGCGCUUCCCGAGGACGAGGAAGAGUCGAAUGAUCAGUCAUUAGAUGAUGCCAAAGAAUCUGGUAAUGCUGAGAAGGCGGCGAAGCUGACAGAGUACUAUGAGUACAGACGAAAGGCUCGGGUCACAAAAGAGUGGGGUGGGAAGAGACUUCUCUUGGCCAUGGUUGAUCGAGGCAUGGGUGGUGAUGGUACCGUGGUGUACUAUGUCGUCCAGGAGGGUGCUGUGAAGCCAAGACAGAAUUAAAUGAGGGUUGGACGACCGUACAACUCCAUCGAGAGAUGUACAGGGAUAUGGGAUCUGGCUGGUACCGACCAUAUCCAUGGCUAUGACAUCUGUCCUACAAGCCAGCAGCACACGGCAUCCUGGCAUUCCACAAACCAUUCGAAUUCGCUUGAAGCUCGAAACAUCAGAUA